AUGGACAUUGUGACCUCCAUCCUUGGAAAAAUUGGAGAAUAUGCGUUCGAUUCAGUUAAGCUUCAAUUUGGUUAUCUGAAAAACUAUGAUGACAACAUUACGGCUCUAGAAAACCAACUUGAAACCUUGGAGGAAAUGGAGAAGGACGUGCAUGAAGCCAUUGAAGCAGCAGGACGAAAUGGUGAAGUAAUCCGAAAGAAUGUUCAACAUUGGAUAGCAAGUGUUGAUGGAGUCAAGAUGGAGGGCAGAAAGUUUUUGGAAGACAAUGGAAAAGGAAACAAGAGAUGUUUUAGAGGGUGGUUUCCUGAUGUGAAAACACGUUACUUGCUAAGCACAGAAGCAAUGGAGAAAAAUAAGAAAAUAGAAAGGCUAUGUGAAGAACAAAAAGUAUUUGACAUUAAUGUUUCUCUCCCUGCACCUCCUCCGGGAAUAGAUUCCAUAACCUCCAAAGAUAUUGUUCUUUUUCAAACAACUAAAUUCGCAAUGGAACAAGUCAUGGAUGCAUUGAAAAAAGAUUCUACUAAUUUUGUGGGGAUGCAUGGAAUGGGGGGUGUUGGAAAGACCACUUUGGUGAAAGAAAUUGCUAGAAAAUGCAAAGAAGAGAAGAUUUUCGACAAUGUGGCUAUGGCUGUGGUGUCACAAACUAUAACUGUCAAAAGUAUUCAAGAUCAGAUAGCAGAGUUUUUGGGUUUAAAACUAGGAGAAACAGGUGAGAUGAUAAGAGCGGGUCGGUUAUGUGAUCGCAUAAAAAAAGAGAAUAAGAUUCUUGUUAUAUUGGAUGAUGUUUGGGAAAAACUUGAGCUAAAUACUAUCGGCGUUCCAUCAGGGGAAGAUCAUAAGGGUUGUAAAGUUGUCAUCACCACAAGGCGUAGACAGGUGUGCAUUGCCAUGGGCAGCAGGGACCAAACUACAAGUAUUGUCAGUCUUGAUGUCUUAAGUAAACAAGAAUCUUGGGAGUUGUUUAAGUUGCAAGUUGGUGAUAUUAUUGAGUCUCCCACGGUGAGAAAUGUGGCAGAGAAACUUGUCAAAGAGUGCGGAGGUUUGCCUAUAGCUCUUGUGACAGUGAGAAAUGCUAUGAGAGGCAAAGAUUUAGAAGAAUGGAAAGAUGCUGCUCUAGAGCUCGAGAAAUCAAAUCCUAUAAAUAUUGAAGGCAUGGAGAAAAAUGUUUUCAAAUGCAUCAACUUCAGCUAUGAUUAUUUAGGAGAUGAGGCCAAGGCUAGCUUCCUACUUUGUUGUUUAUUCCCAGAGGAUUAUGACAUUGAAAUAGAGAGGUUGGUUAGAUAUGGGGUGGGGUUGAAUACAUUUAAGAGAAUCGGAAAAAUUGAAGAAGCCAGAAGACGAGUACAUUCGAUAAUCAAAAAUCUUAAAGCGUCUUCUUUAUUGGUGGCAAGUGAAAGAAAAGGCUGCAUCAAAAUGCACGAUGUUGUGCGCGAUGUUGCUAAAACAAUUGCGUUGGAUAAAUAUUUUGUGCAAGAUGGUGAGGUUUUCAAAGAGUGGCCAAAUGAAUAUAAUAAUGGUAUUGGCAUCUCUUUGAUGAGAUACGAAAUCCAAAAGUACCCUGAUGCUUGGGAAUGCCCAAACCUUGAGAUAUUUUUGACGUGUCACCAGAUUGUUGAGAAAGGAAUGCCAGAAGAAGUAAUUAAUUUUAAGGGAAUGAAAAAGCUCAGAGUUUUAGAUCAAAUGCAUAUAUAUCACUUUCUAGGUGGAAGGAGAAGAUUGGAGCCAUCACUUAGUCAUCUGACAAAUCUCCGGACAUAA